CCUCUAUUUAUCCCUAUUCAGAAUUUGUUCUUGAUGUAAAUCAAACAUGAAAUAUCCAAUCAACAUGUGUAGUUGUAAUAAAAUUAGUUUCAAAAGCAAAUAGACUAUCAAAUAUGACAAAUUUACUAUGCGAUAAAGAGAAUUAAUGAUUGGAGUAGCAUUUUUCAGUUUAAUGUAUACAACUAGUUACAGUUGUAUAUUGUACAUUGUAUAUGUUUUCGAAUUCCAUUCACUACUACCCGUGUGUAUUAAAAAAUGACCAGAUUUUUCGAGGUGUCAAAAUAUUGGUUGGGUGACCAUAUGAAGUAUGAACAGUAUACUCACUAAAUUCUAUUUCAAGAAGAAAGUAUACUAACUAAAUUUGGUUUGGAUAACGUGGGUAGUCAGUUUUAGGACUUUGAUACGUUGACUUGCAAGCCACCGUAACUUGCACUUUUGGGUCGACUAUAGUUAGGAUUAAGUUGACCUAAGCUGAUGUUUCAGUUUUGUGAGGCUCACUAACGUGGUCAAACAUUUACAUCAAAUGGUCGAUCUCUUUGGAAAGCCAACAUAUGAAAAGGUCAACCCAAAUAAGUCAAAGGCCGACCAUUUCGGUACUAAUAGGUUGACCUCAACAGUCAGAAGGUCGACCUCUGUGUAGUUCACUGAUUAACAUCAAACUUAGGAUUAUUUAGGAAAAUAGUAUAAAAGGUUGACCUGACAAGUACAAGGUCGACCGCAUGCACACCGUAUCCGUAUUGGAUAAGGAUUCUAACACUAGAAAAGGUAACACUAACUUGUCUACCACUUAAUUCAACCCAAUCUCCUCCUAAAUUUCUAUCAAUACGAGUAUAUGUCACCUUCACUGCCACCCAAACCCUGAAUUAGGUUUUUUUUUGUACGGUUAGAGAUUUUGUGAAGAAGAUCCUUUGCGGUUGCUUCUGUACUUGUUUCAAGAGGUCGACCAUGUGGGAGGUGAGGUCGACCUAAUUUAGCUAUCGUCGUCAUCUUGUCUAAUGUGUACUUUUCACUGUUUAAUUUGAUAUUUUGUUGCUUGCAAAAAACCAUUUGAUCGACCCUUAUCUCAAUCAGGUCGGCCUCGGCUUGAUAAUUGCUAAAAAUUGAAUUAGGGCACAACACUCGAACUUCUGUACUUGCGAGGCAAGGAAGAUCAAACCCAAUAGGUCGACUUAAUUUUUAUCAAGGUCGAUUGUUUCUGUUUGUUUAUCCGGAGUGUCGACUUUGGCUUUGUUUGUAAGACUAUGUUGUGCUUAAAAGGUCGGCCGGUCAAUGUGUCUGGUCGACCUAUCAGUAGUUCGUGGUAGUAUUACACAUGUUUUUUUUUAUAAAUUGUUUUUUUUUGUUGGAUAGGGCAAUCUAGGAAGAGCAAAGGUCGACCUAAUUGGUUCUGGUAGUGACAAAUUAUGCCUUCAAGGUCAACCUAAUGAUAAUUCAGGUCACGUCUUUAGAUUGUUUAGACGAUGGCGCAUGAUGAGAAACAAGAACACGAUGAGGGUGAAAUCAUGAAAGUGUUGAAAGCCACACAAGAGCAGUUGGUGGUGUGUCAAAAAUAAUUCAAUGACUAUCAGAAGUCCAUUCGUGAUAGACUGGAGCAAUUGUCAAUACGAUUGACAGAUAUGACAGGGAUGAUGCAUGAUGGUUUUGAGAGGCUAAAAGAUGUUAUCAAAGAAAUACGUGCAGAACGAAUGAAGAAUAAAGGAAGAGAUGGUACGAGAAAGAAAUUUGACUUUGAUGAAGAGGAGGAAGACCAUGAAGAGAAUAGACGAUUUAUUGAAAGACCACAAGUUAAAGGUAGGCAAGUAUAUUCAUAUGUGAGUGAAGAUAUUAGUAUUACUAUCAUUAGUGCUAAUUUGUUUUGUUUAUAUGAUUGACAGAGUGAAACAAUGUUUGGCAGCAAGGGUUCCUCUCCUUAGUACAAGAAACCUCUAUAUGAAAGUGACUCCUACACCACUCCAGAAUGAUCAUUUAGUAAGAAAAUCAUUAUUUAGUGCUGAUAGCAAUGAAGAUGAAUCUAAGAGUCAUUUCGAAAUGCACGGAGUAAGUUUACGUUACAUAUGCAUCUAUAAUGUGUGUUUGUUUUCAUAUGUAACUUUCAUUUUAACUAUGAUUUGUAGGUCAUGAAAGUGGAGGGCCUAGAAGGAUUCAUAAAAAAUCUACAAAAUCCAGUGAAAACUUGUUUUAUGUUGUUACUAAAGAGAAGGAUGGAGACACGAAUUUGGACAAGUAAGAGACGUAUUAUUUUUUUAAAGUAGUAUACAUGGUUGACCAUUUAGAAAAUGAGGUCGGCUACGUCUUCCUAAUUAGGUCGACCUUGUCUGUGAAUAGGUCUACCGAUACUAUGCAAAUCACAAUUGAUAUUUAUGUUAUUUUGGUUUUUGAAGUUUGACCGUUGUUGACUUUUUUAACGAAAACGUGCAACGAAAAUAUCUGAGUUUGGUCAUUAGCGAGAGUAGAUGGAUUUUCUCAUCCAUAAUUACUAUACUGCCAAAUGCCUGAAUGUCUGAAAAAUAUGACAAUAAAGAGGCAAAUGUGUGGUAUUUGCCAAAUAUGUUUUCGGUAAGAGCCGUAAUUUUAUUUAUUUGUCAUAACCUAGUUAUUAAUAUUGUACCCUGUCAAUUAAUCUCAAUAAAAAUAUGGUGUAGAAAAUGGUACGCACUAACAUGAAGACCGGACAAAUUCGUAACAAGUUGAUGGAUGAUGGCGUGGUGUUUAUGCCGAAUAUUAGUGCAUGUCAGAAGGUUAGUCAAUGUCCCUAUCUCAUUAAGCUUCCAAAGUACAUUUGUUUGUAUUCGCUUUUUAUAACAUAUAGUGACUUUUUCGUUGCUAGAUAUUUAUGCCAAGUUUGGAUGAUGAAUCACAUCAUUGGUUUCUGUAUCUCGUCAAUGUACAACAAAAAACCGCAAUUUUGCCUCACGGUCUACCUUCAACUGGUGAGGCAUGUCAUAAGCGUAAAUCAAACCUCUGCAAGAAAUUGCUAAGUGUUCCUAUAAUUGUAUGACUACUAAGUGUCAAGUAUACUGCUAGAAGCAUAUAAUAUUCGUUAUUUGUGUGUAGCUGUCCAAAUUGCAUGAUAUUUUCAAACUGGAGCGCAUGAGCAAUGUAGCAGUACCAAAUUUUGUAGAUUCCCAUGUUGAAGAGCUAUGCUUUCAAGAGAAAAGGAAUAGUACUGAGUGUGGUGUGCACGUCAUGUAGUGGAUGCGCUAUGGAUCCAAAUAUCUGGACAGAGUGGUUAGUAUAUCGUCAAACAAAAAACUUGUUUAAAUUUGUAUCUUUAUAGUUCUAACAAAGUCUUAUAUGCCAUAAUGCAGAUAGGGGAAGAACACAAAUUACCGAUUCGAAAGGAGAUUCUAUGGUAUCUAGCUACAAAUUUUGGAAACCGUGCACGAGAAAAUCUUUUUAAGCAUGUAGUAAAUGAAUGCAUGAAACGAGGCAAAGAGAGGAAGAGUUCAAACAAAAAAGCAAAUAAAUGAAUUAAGUAAGUUACAAUGUUGCAUUAUUUAUACAAUAUGUUAAAUUUAGAUUUGCGAGGUUGUUUCCUUUUGGAUAUUCAAUGUUUUUCGUUUAUUUGAUUAGUUAUACAAUGAUAGAUUUCAAGGAAUUUAGGAUUUGAAUCGUUUACUAAAAGAGUUCGACCACAGAAUUAAAGAGGUCGACCUUGUAGGCAGAGCACAGGUAGACCUCGUAUGCUUACGGUCGACCUAUGAUACCUUUACUUAGCUCCGAAACAAUGUCGAAUAAGGAUUCAGUCCUGUCGGUUUCUCCUCUAGCAAAAAUGGUCGACCAUUCACGUAAAGAAGUCGACCUAGAUGGGUCGAAUUAGCUUAUUGUGUACUUCUCCUUGUCCUAUUAGGAUUUUGCGUACUUGUCCUUGUCGAAUUAGGAUUUUAUGUAUCCUUGACUAAUUGGGAUAAGUGUUCCUCAUACUAGUAAGGAUAAGGUAUUCGUCUGUAUUCUCUAUAGAUGGAAGUCUUAAGACUUUCAUCAUACUUCGAUUUAUGCAAUUUGUUGGAGUGAAGUUGUAAUCUCAUCGCUCUUAUUGUGAUCGUGUGUUGGUGGCUGUUUAUUCUUAGUCUGGCCGACCUUAUAACUAUCUGGUCGACCUUGUUUCAUGUGUGCUGGUUAACGGUUCUCUGUGGUUCACUUUUUCCCUAAUUAUGUCGACCACCUAAACUCCCACGGUCGACCGCAUCUGUGUAAUUUUGUGAUUAUGUCGACUGUACAAUUGAUCCAGGUAGACCCGACGAGACCUAAUUUCGAUUUUAUUUAACAUAAAAUUUGUAUUCCGAUCAUUGUAGGAUGGAUAAUAGAGAUGAUACUGAUGAUAGAGAUGUUGAAGAGAUUAACGUCGAUGAGGAAACUGAGGAUGCUCGAGGAGGACCUUUGGAUAAUGAAGAUGAUAUAUAUGAUACUAAUGAUGAAGUGAUUAGGGACGAUGAGGAAACUGAGGGUGCCGAAGAAGAAUUUAUGGAUGAUGAAGAAGCUACUGAAUAUGAACAACAAAUUCUUUCCAUGGAGUUUCAAACAUUAGAAGGUGCAUAGAAAUUUCAUGAUGCAUAUGCUAAAGCAAAGGGUUUAGCGUUCGACGUAGAGAUCUUAGGACAAAUCGUAGAGGAGUCGUUACUAGGAGGAAAAUGGUAUGUUCGAGGGAGGUAAUUAGAAUGAAGAGGCAUAUAGAUAAAGAAGGUCGGAUACAGAAACAUCAUGAGAUGGCAAGAUAUUCUUGUUUGGCAUCCUAUAAUGUACGCUUUGAUCCGGGGAAGAGAGUAUGGGUUGUUUCUAAGUUCGAGAGGAAGCACUCACAUUGUUGCUGCAAUGAAGAAGAAAUUCAAUUUCUUUGGUCUCAUCGAAAUGUGAGUGAAGGAGACAAGGCAUUGGCGAUAGGGAUACGACACUCAGGAAUAAAACAACGCAACAUUGUUCAGUUCAUGAAGGAUAAGGUUGGAGGAUAUGAGAAUCUGCGGUACACUCCAAAGGAUUUGGAUAACGCUGUACAUAAAUCCUGAAAAGAUGACGACGAUCUAAUAGGAGACGUGAGCCAAACAUUGGGUUACUUGCAAAGUAGACAUACUUUGGAUGUAGGUAGCUUCUACAAGUACACAAUCAACGAUGAAGGUGAAUUAAGCAAUCUCUUUUGAUCGGACUUCACAUCUAGAGCAGAUUACCAUUUUUUGGGGAUGUCUUGGCAUUUGAUGCAUGCUACAAGCGCAAUAAGUACAAUCGGCCAUUUUUUAUGGUGGUUGGUGUGAAUCACCACCACCAUAACAUCAUAUAUGGUUUUUCCCAGUUGGAUAACGAGACAAUCCCCAACUACGUUUGGUUGUUGAAUACUUUUCUGGACUAUAUGAACUCUAAGAUGUCGACUUCAGUGAUCACAGACGGAUGCAAGUCUAUGUGUGGCGCCAUUGCUACUGUACUAGUUGAAGUGUCUCACUGACUAUGUAUUUGGCAUAUUGAGACAAAUGCGACAACGACUGUUCGUAAUAGAGAGUUCAUUUGCCCACCCACUUGGCCAAAAACACGUAUAUCAACUGAGGAGUUUGAGAGGUGAUGGGAGCUUUUGAUUACUGAGCAUGGUUUUUCUGCAAAUAAGUGGUUGCAGGAUUUGUACGCUGACAAAUUACUUUGGGCAGAGGCAUACUUGAAGGAUAUUUAUUUCAGUGGACUCCAAUCAACCUCGCGAUGUGAGUCAUGUAACCAUUGGAUGAAUGGGUAUGUGGGAACUCAAUUCAGCUUGCAACGUUUUGUUCAGGGCAUUGAUGAAGCCUUGGAGGGGAUGCAUUUCACUGAGUUGCAGGAUGAUUAUUAUUCUAGACACACGAGGUUGGUCUGCAAGCAUGCCCUUCGCACAUGGGAAAUGCAAGCUGAAAGUAUCUACACACAUCAUACAUUUGCUAUCUUCAAGUUUGAACUAGAGAAAGAAGCUUCUUAUGUGUUAGUGGAGACAAGAACUUAAUCAAAUGGGAAAAAAAACAUUCACUAUAAAGAAUUGCAUGAACCCGAAUCGGAUAAGGAGGUUAACAUUUACUAGACCAAUCAACAUCUAAAAUGUGACUGUGCAUUAUUUGAAUCUAAUGUGGUAGUGAAGCUACUUUUAAUCAUGUCUCUAAGGGGUUGGAUGACCUUACUCAAUGGGAAAUUGAGUUCUCGAGGGAGAGGAUGGACACAACCCCUGCAAACCCUCCAGCACCCCUUCCAAGUGUGAAAGACCCAAAAAUUGUGAAGACCAAGGGAACAUUCAAGUUAGCGCAAAGUGUUUUGGGCAAAAGUUUAAGAAAGUGUUCGAAAUGUGGAAUAUAUGAACAUUUUCGCC